AUGGUGUUAGUCACAGUUAAUGUAGGGGAAUUUUUGAUAGUUAUAAAUACCUUUAGAUGGUUGAUACUACGAUCUAGAUUCCAUUAUCUUCAAAUAUCGGAAAAAGUUAUAAUCUACAACUCCUAUGAAGAAAAGUUACAAAUAUGCCUUAGUUUGCGACAUCCUAGUCUGUCACAAACGAAUUUAUCAACCAUUCGGGAUAAAUCAUUGAAAAAAGUACGGAAGUUGAGAGCUUCUACCAUAUCUCGAUUGAAAAACAAGACAUUUUUUCGAUAG